AUGAAGUGUGUAAGAACUUAAGUUCAACCAAUCAUAUAUCCAUAACUCUAAUAAUCUCAAUAACAUCUUUAUUAAACCUUACAACUAAAUUAAAGUUAACCUUAAUAAGGUUAUAAGAAAUAGAGAGUAAAUAUAAAAACAUUUCUAAAUUUUAUGUAAUAAUAUACAAUAUUUACUCCUUAAAUUAAGAAAUAAUAAGAUAAUCUGAAUCAUGUAGAACUUAGCUUGGCUGGUUAUAUGGAGAAUAGAUCUUUUAAUUUGUAAAUCUUAAAAUAUUUCUUAUUAUUUUAAGCUUUUCCUCUGAUCUUAUGUUGUUGUUCUUUUAAAAAUAAUUUUAUCAAGUUUUCUUAUAAUUUAAAUGGCUACUUUAAAUAACCCUUUUACAUUUUUGCUGCAAUAAUGUGCUUUUCUUUAAUAUACUCAUAUAUGAAUCAUAAAAAGUUAAGAAAUAAACAAUUAAGAUUUAUUUAAAUAAUUUUAAUAAUUUCUUAUACAUUUUCAUAUGCAUUUUUCAUUUAAGCUAUUUAUUCCUCUACUUAUUUAUUUUAUAAUCCUUAUAAUUGCAUUUAUGAAAACACUCUUAAAAAUUUUGGUAAUGACUAGAUUGUAAUCAUUUUAUUUUGCUUAAUAAAUCUUGAAACUUGCUCAAUAAUUUCAUAUUGUAUGUAGGAGAUUGGAGAAUUAAGCAUAAAAAGUUAAAUUUAAUAAUAUUAAUUAUAGAUUCAUUUUGGUAUAUAAUAUUACCAACAAUAACUUUUGGAAGUAUUUUGUCUUCCUUCUAUUACAACUAUGAUAUUUUAUGCUUUAUAAUAGCAUUGAGUUGCGGUUUUGGAUUUUAUCUUCAAUUCACUCUUAAAAGAAUGAUAAAGUCUAAAAAAGUAAACAUAAAAUAAGAAUUUAGUUAAAAUUACGAUCAGAUGAAGGACCAUUCUCAGCAAUUUUAUUGAGUUUCUUAUUAUUUGUACCAUUCUUUGAUCUAGUAUACGAGGACAGUGAAUAACUAUGUUAGAUAACUCAGAGUGUAAAUUCAGAAUAGAAAAAUGUACAAUGA